AUGGACAAGAAGUUUAACUGUCGUAGGCCAACAAUCAACACCUUCUACGCCAUAUCACUUACUCCGGAGCAGAAAAGACUACUGAUGCAAAAAAUCUACAACGAUAUCCACCAAAAUGGUUCGAUUAUGUCUGACGACCAAGUGCGAGCGAUGUGCGGCCAGCUGAAUCAAUGUUACGAAGUUCGCUUUCAAUCGAUUGCUUGUGCGAUGGAGAUUAUAAUAAAGCUGCUAACGGUAGGUGUAGCAAAGGAUGAGGUCAUAGGCUCUUAUCGUAAGCUAUUGUCUUACGUUUCAAACGUCCUGGAAACGGACAACUGUGCUAAGCUGGCAAACUAUCUAAGCAGGGUAUCAUUUAUUGUGCUUGAAGGUGGUGGUAUCGUUUCAUCAGAUGUCUUUCCUGUGUCGGUUAUGAAAUGUAUCUUAGUGCUGAUGUACCGAUUGCCGAUCAGCAACCUAACCGAACGACAACACAUUCUCCAAGCGGUACGAUCAACGCUCAAAUGGUGCCGACACAAUUCGAACCUCUACAAGCAGUGUGGCAUCGGUACGCUCGUACGCAGCGUUAUCGGUUCUACCAGGCAGCUUCCGAACGACGUUACCGUAGCAACCGAGCUAACCGUACUUGCUCACACCCUGCUGGAUGUUUUCUACAGCCCGCAGACCACUACCGUCCAUCCGGUUGAAGUUUUGUUGCGACUGACGUACGAGGAAAUAUUCGCUCGCCUAGUAACGGAAUGGACCGACGCCAGGAGCUUUGAGCUGCUGCUGUACGUAUUGUACGGUAUGCUGAAGCGUGACAUCUUUACCCACCUGAAGCUGGGCAUCGUUCGUUUGCUAGCGGACGCAAUCGGUGGUGGUACGAGACGUUUGGUUCGGUUGCUAUGCAUAGGGAAGCAUUUGCAGAAUGGCGUACUGCUGCAUAAAGUAAGGACGAUCCUUACGAUAGUGCUUUCCCAUAGCCUAUUUCGAUUCGAACCCGUUAAGCGGACGGUACAUUUUAGAGCAUUUUUGAAACUGAUCGAAAAAAUGAUACAAAACAUCGAUCUGGCGCAGCUAGCGAAUGCUCGGUUCCUCUGCUUGAACAUUCCACGUACGAAGCUAACCAUUGAGAGUGUUUGCUUUGUGUUUAUGGUUCGGCAUUUGGAUUUGCUCGAUGGAAUUAGCAGCCCUAGCUUGGAGCUGGAUUAUAUCUACAAUCUCAUUGCAUCGGUUAACAUAAUUUACUACAAGCGUUGGAAGGUUCCGAGCUUUCUUGUGAAACACUUUAUUGAUGGACUAACGCGAUACUCAAACUGCCAAGCAUUUAUCAAAAAUGUUUCCCAUCCAGAGAAACAAAUCCAAGCCAUUCUUUCCACCGGGACGAUAAGCGUGCUAACCUACAAAACAGCGGAAAACGUGUUCGGACGACUACCGGUCACAGUUCACCGUAUCGAGUGGUUGCUUCAGCUACGGUCGGAAAACUUUGACGAAAAGCUUAUCUUUCACCAGCAAAUUGCCAUCCUGCAGGAGCGUACAAUCCUAUGGAGCGAUGAUGUAUGGGCCACCAAGCUACUGACGAUGUUUAGCACGAAAACAUUGCUCGCCGUACUGUCGACGAAAAAAGCACCCGCUACUGCACGUUCCAAUGCGUCCGUAUUAUUGUCCAAAUGCAGCCUAACUGGACGGUUUCUUAAGAAAGUGCUGAGCAAAUUAGCUUCCAUCUGUCAGCAGCAGCAGCAGCAACAGAGCGACGAAACUGCAACCGAUUGGAUGAACUGGUUACGAGCCAUUUACGGAACCGUGCAUACGAUGGAUGGCACUUCGAGGCGGAACCUUUGGUGCGGGCUUUCCAAUAUUGAGCAAUGGAUGUGUAGUAAUGAGCAACGAAUGUUGCUAGUCGAUUUGCGUGCUAGUCUGCUCGUUGCUAUGCUACCGGACGGUAAAGCCAACUCCGAACGACAGUGA